UCUGUCAAACAUAUUAAAAAUAAAAUCUCUGAAAUUGCAGAAUAUAUAGCACUUUUACUAAAUAUUUGGUCAACUCACCCUUUUCUCGGAAUAACUUGUCAUUGGCUUACUUAUGAUUUUAAUUUAAUCGAAGUUGUUCUUGACAUUACAAAAUUUUUAGAAGCAUAUGUCAAAUCAGAAAUUUUUGAAAAACUCCAUCUUCAACUAUCAAAAUUUGGGCUAACUCAUAAAAAUAUUGCUAGUAUUACUACUGAUAAAGAUAAUUUAAAAGAAGGUUUAUCAAAAAUUGAAACUAUUUCAUACUCGACUCAUAUACUAAAACUCAGUAUUGAUUUGGGACUAUCUCAUGUCAAUAAUAUUAUUUUAAAAUCAAAAAAGUUAAUUUGUUUUUUAAGUAAUGAUUCUAAUCGUCAAAAAUUAAAGGACAUACAAAAGCAGUUAAAUCCAAGUAUUGAUGAGCUGUUGGACGUGAUUGAAGAUAUUGAGAGUUCUUGCUAUCAUGAUACCAAUUGUCUGAUAGCACUAAAACCUUAUAUUAAUCAACUGCAUAGCGAUAGUCUUGAUAAUAAU